CUGAGUCACGUGAUGGGUGAAAGCGGGAAGGUGUCGUUCUUCUUUCCCAGAACUCCCUAAUCCGCCAUGUUUUCUGGCCGGGUCAUCCUUGGUCUUUCCCCGUAAGGAAAUGGCCGGGGAGCUUCGGGGGACCAAGGCGCCUUUGCCCCGGAAGAGCCCGGGCUGACGAGGCACGGCAGCGGGGUAAACUGGAGCAGUUCUGCGCGGGGUGGGGAGGCCAUGGCGUCCGGCAGUAACUGGCUGUCGGGGGUGAAUGUCGUCCUGGUGAUGGCCUACGGGAGCCUGGUGUUUGUACUGCUCUUUAUUUUUGUGAAGAGACAAAUCAUGCGCUUUGCAAUGAAAUCCCGAAGGGGACCUCACGUCCCUGUGGGACACAAUGCCCCCAAGGACUUAAAAGAGGAGAUUGAUAUUCGACUCUCCAGGGUUCAGGAUAUCAAGUAUGAACCUCAGCUCCUUGCUGAUGAUGAUGCAAGACUGCUGCAGCUGGAAACCCAGGGAAAUCAGAAUUGCUACAACUAUUUGUAUAGGAUGAAAGCUCUGGAUGCCAUCCGUGUCUCUGAGAUCCCAUUUCAUGCUGAAGGCCGGCAUCCCCGUUCCUUAUUGGGCAAGAAUUUUCGCUCCUACCUGCUAGAUCUUCGAAACACUAGUACUCCUUUCAAGGGUGUGCGCAAGGCCCUCAUUGAUACCCUGCUGGAUGGCUAUGAGACAGCCCGCUAUGGGACAGGGGUCUUUGGCCAGAGAGAAUACCUGCGCUAUCAGGAGGCUCUGAGUGAGCUGGCCACAGUGGUCAAAGCACAAAGUGGGAACUCGCAGCGACAACAUCAGUCAGCAGCCAAAGACCUAACCCAGUCUCCUGAAGUUUCCCCAACAACCAUCCAGGUGACAUACCUCCCCUCCAGUCAGAAGAGUAAACGUGCCAAGCACUUCCUUGAAUUGAAGAGCUUUAAAGACAAUUACAACACACUGGAGAGUACUCUGUGAUGGUGCAAAAGGACUCUUGCUGUUGAUGGAGACAGACUGAAUUGUGCUUGCCAGGCACCCAUCUGGCUCAGCAUGUCCAGACUGGAUCAGCUGAAGCUCACAUCGUGUCCAGAGGUCUUAGAGCUUAUGCCUAGAGGAUCAUUCUCCAAGCCUUUCUUACGGCCAGUUUCAAAACAUCAGUGAAGACUUUUACUUUCCCUUGGUAGCCCUUUUUUCUGGAGUUGAAUUCAGAUAUUUUUUAAUGUUUCCGUCAAGCUUCCUUUAAAAAUCCUCACUUGGUUUUGAUCAUAAUUCAUCUGCCCUUGUCCAGACUAUAAAUAAUCCCAAGGGUGAGAGAAUCGGGGUGACAGGACAAGAAUGGCCAGACUGAUGCACUGGUCUGACUUAACAAAUUAAUAAAAUGAACAAUUAAACAAUAAA